AUGACCUCCAGCGAACAAUCAGUCGCAGCUCCCGAGCCUCCCGCCACCGCCACUCCCUCGCAAGCAGCGGCGGAGCAGACCGCCCCCUGCCCCGAGGGGGAAGCCAGCCACCUGCAGCAGCCCACGCCGCUGUCCAAGAACGCGCAGAAGCGGCUACGCAAGCAGCAGCAGUGGGAGGACGGCCGCGAGGACCGGCGGCUGAAGCGGCGGGAGAAGCGGCAGACGCACAAGCAGCGCGUGCGCUCUGAGCGCGCGGCGCUCGUCGCCGGCGGCGCCGACCCGCGCGUCGUGUACGGGCGCGACAAGCACGCGGCCACGCUCGUGCCGCUCAGCAUCGUCCUCGACUGCGACUUUGAGGCGUACAUGACGGACAAGGAGCGCAUCUCGCUCUCGAGCCAGGUCACGCGCGCGUACUCGGACAACCGCGGCGCCAAGUACUGCGCGCACCUCUGGGUCGCCGGCUUCGGCGGCAAGCUCGCCGCGCGCUUCAACGACGUGCUGCAGGCGCAGCAGAACAGCUGGAAGGGCGCGUCCGUGUUUGAGGGCGACUUUGUGGCCCAGGAGAACCCCGCGCCGUGGCCGCGCGACGCGCACGAUCCGUUCCCGCUGCCGGACCCGGAGCCGCCGCUGGACCCGGCGCUGCAGGACGUUGUGUACCUCUCGUCGGACGCGCCGUACACGCUCGCGCGGCUGGAGCCCAACACGACGUACGUGGUCGGCGGGCUGGUGGACAAGAACCGCGAAAAGGGCCUGUGCUACCGGCGGGCGCGUGAGCGGGGGAUCCGCACCGCGCGGCUGCCCAUUGGCGAGUACAUGGUGAUGCAGAGCCGGCAGGUGCUCGCGACGAACCACGUCGUGGACAUUAUGCUCAAGUGGUUGGAGUUUGAGGACUGGGGCAAGGCGUUCCUGAGCGUCAUUCCGAAGCGCAAGGGCGGCAGGCUGCGGGGGGAGGCGGGCGAGGAACAUCAUGCGGACGAGGCUGCGGAAGAUGAGGAUGAGACGGGCGAGCAAGCCGAGGAGGGUCAAGGCGAGAAAGCUGACGAGGCGCCCAAGGACGAGGCUGCCACUGCAUAG